AUGUCAGAACACAUCAGUCUACCUACUUCUUUUGACUUGUCUGGAAGCAAUAUAGCAGAGAAAUGGAAAUUAUUUAAACAAAGGUUUGAUAUAUAUUUGAUGGCAUCAAGUCAACAAACGUGUGAAGAAAAACGGAAAAUCGCUUUAAUGUUACAUUGUCUUGGCUCUGAAAUUUUACCAAUUUAUAAUAGUUUUGAAUUUAAUAAAGCUAACGAUGCAGCUAAGUAUGAUGCAGUUAUAUGUAAAUUUGAUGAAUAUUUUAUCCCAAAAAAGAACAUAGUAUAUGAACAACACAUGUUCUUUACAAGAGAUCAAAAGACUGGAGAAAGCAUCGAUGAGUAUGUAAAAGAGCUCAGGUUAUUAGCAGCGUCGUGCGAGUUCGGGAAGCUAGUCGACACAUUGAUUCGAGGAAGACUCAUUUGUGGAUUAAUCGAUAACAAAAUAAAAGAGAGACUACUAAAGGAGGGCAACAUCGGAUUGGAGAAGGUGUUGGAUGUGUGUCGUUCAGAUGAAGUAGUAAGAAAACAAAUGUCAGCAAUGGAUAAUGGCACCAACAAUUGCAACGUUGAAGAAAUACAGAAGCUUAAGAAAUAUGAUCAUCAUACACAAAGGGGAAAGCAUAUUGAAGAAUCUAAAGAAGAGAAAGAAUUUUUUAUAGGCGUUGUGGGUGAAAAUAAAAAUAAUAACAGUGAUAAAGAUUGGAUAGUAAAGUUGAAAACUAAUGGUACAGAAAUAAGAUAUAAAAUAGACACUGGAGCUCAAGCAAAUGUAUUGCCAAGUGAGAUAUUAAAAUGUAUAAAUCCACAGGUAUUAAUAGAACCAACCAAGGCAAAGCUUAGCACUUAUGAUGGAAACAAUAUUAAAGUACUAGGGAAAUUAAAUACACAAGUAGAUAAAAAAGUAGCUAUUCUAGGUCUUGAAGACAGUGUAAAAUUAGGCAUAGUUAAACGUCUCUUAGAAAUAGAUGAAAAUUAUGAAAAUAUUAACAUAACUAAAGAAUUUAAUCAUGUAUUUGAAGGAGUUGGAUGCAUAGAAGGAAAUUAUGAGAUAAAAUUGAAAGAUAAUUUUGUUCCAAUAGCUUGUGCAACAAGAAAAAUUCCAUUCUCAUUGGAAGAACCGUUGAAAAAAGAAUUAAAUAAACUAUGUGAUUUACAAAUAAUAGAGAAAGUAGAGGAAUUCACUGAAUGGGUGCAUCCUAUUGUUAUAGCUAAAAAACCAAAUGGAGCUAUACGGAUAUGCCUAGAUCCACAAAAUCUAAAUAAAGUAAUACAACGAGAAUAUUUUCAAAUACCAACUGUAGAGGAGAUUUUAAAACAAUUGGCGGGGGCAAAAGUUUUUAGUACUCUAGAUGCAAAUCAAGGUUUUUAUCAAAUUAAAUUGACAAAUGAAAGUUCUAAAAUGUGUACAUUCUCCACGCCAAUGGGACGGUAUAGGUUCUUAAGAAUGCCUUUUGGUAUUUCUUCAGCCCCAGAAAUAUUUCAUAAAAAAUUCAAACAAACAUUUGAAGGGUUAGAGGGUGUUGAUACAUAUAUAGAUGAUAUAAUAGUUUAUGGUAAAAAUAAAGAGGAACAUGAUGAGAGGCUGAGAAAAGUACUUCAAAGAGCAAGACAUGAAAUAACAAACGAAGGAGUAAAACCAGAUUAUAAUAAAAUAAAAACCAUAAAGGAAUUAAAACCACCAGAGAAUAAAGAAGCAUUACAGAGAAUACUGGGGGUUGUAAAUUAUGUUGGAAAAUUUUUACCUAAUGUUGCACAAAUAAAUGCUCCAUUAAGAGAGUUAAUUAAAAAAGAUGUUAUAUUUGAGUGGACAAAGUUGCAUAGUGACGCUUUAGAUAAAUUAAAAGAAAUGUUAGUUAGUGAGCCAGUUUUGCAAUAUUAUGAUAGUAAGAUACCUUUAACAUUAUCGGUAGAUGCAUCAAAGGACGGUUUAGGUGCAGUACUAUUGCAAAAUAAUUUACCUGUUAUUUAUGCAUCGAAAUCGUUAACUGAGUCUCAGAAAAAAUAUGCUCAAAUUGAGAAGGAAGCUCUAGGUAUUGCAUUUGGAUGUCAUAGAUUUCAUCAGUACAUAUAUGGUAGAAAAGUUAAAGUAGAAACUGAUCAUCGUCCAUUAGAAUCCAUAUUUAAAAAACCACUAGUAUUAUGCCCUUUGAGACUACAAAGAAUUUUAAUAAAACUGCAACAGUAUGAAUUAAUAGUAAAAUACAAACCGGGUAAAGAACUAUUGAUAGCUGACACAUUAAGCAGAAUAAAAUCAGAAGGUGAUAGUAUAUUUGACGAUUGGGAGAAUAGAGAAGUUGAAGUUACAAUUGAAGAAGUGAAUGUGAGCACAUCAAUUAAUGAAAAUAAACGUGAACAAAUUAAGUCAGCUACAGAAUUAGAUAAAGAACUAAAUUUGUUAAAACAUUAUGUCAUUGAGGGCUGGCCGGAAAAAAGAGAGCAAUUAAAUGAAGAAACCAAAAAAUAUUGGGAGUGUAAAGAAUUGAUAACAGUACACGACGGAGUACUAUAUAAAUCAAACAGGAUAAUUGUACCAGAAAGUUUAAAAAGUGAAAUGUUGAAAAGGAUCCAUUUUAAUCAUAUGGGUAUCGAAAAAUGUAAAUAUAGAGCUAGAAGCUGUUUAUAUUGGGUAGGUAUGAAUAAGGACAUAGAAGGAGUUGUGAAUAAAUGCCAAAUUUGUUUAAAAUAUAGAAAAACAAACACAAAGGAGCCGCUUGAGUGUUCGGAGGUACCAGAUAAACCUUGGCAGGUGGUAGGUACAGAUUUGUUUUAUUUUCAAGGGAAAAAUUAUGUUUUGAUAGUAGAUUAUUUCUCUAAAUUUGUAGAAUUUGUAAUGAUACCAAAACUAACUAGUAGUAACACAAUUAAUGCAAUCAAAAGUAAUUUCUCUAGGCAUGGGGUACCUGAAACCAUUAGAUCUGAUGGCGGUACUCAAUACACAUCAGAAGAGUUUCAAAAAUUUAUAAAAGAGUGGCACAUAAAACACAUAAUAUCGAGCCCUACUAAUGCACAAUCAAAUGGAAUGGUAGAAAGACAUAUCCAAACAAUAAAAAAAAUGUUGAUCAAGGCAGAUGAGGAUAACAAAGAUGUAUAUCUAACGUUACUAGAAUAUAGAAAUACACCAAUAAGUAAAGAUUUAGCAUCCCCUGCUGAAAUAUUAAUGGGUAGGAAAAUAAAAGGGUUGUUACCUAUAGAAGAUGAAAAAGGGAAAUAUGUGGAGGUGAGAGAAAAAUUGAUAGAAUUACAAAAUAAACAAAAACAGUAUUAUGAUAAAAACGCUAAAGGAUUAAAAGAGUUAAAGGAAGGGGACAAGGUUUAUUUACAAAAAGAGAGAAAUGGAAAACAGUGGAGUCCAGGAGUAAUAAAAAAUAAAAUAGAUGGUAGAAGGUCAUAUAUUGUAAAAUUAGAUAAAGGGGGAGAAUUGUGGAGAAACAGGAGACUAUUACAUAAGACACCAGAAGUAUUAGAGAAUAAAAAUGGAGAAAAGAACAAGGAAAAUAAGAAUGUAAUAGAUAGAGAAGGAAGGACUGAAUAUAAAAGAAAGACAAAAAUACCUGGAAAAUUUAAAGAUUUUAAGAUGUAA